AUGGAGUUCCAAACUGAAAUGCCUGCAGGGGGCAGUUCAGUAACUAAACGAGUGACACGCCAGAUGGAUAUUUGGACAGCAUGUGGGUGCCUUAAGGAAGAGAGCUUCAUGCUGUCCUUCUCUGCCUUGGUUGCAGAAUUUCUUGCUGUGCUUGGAUAUUUAGAGGACAUCAUCAUGGUUGACAAGUUCCAGUUAUUACAGAGAAAUUUCAUGGACAAGCACUACCAGGAAUUUGAAGACAUGGACAAGAACAAACUCACCUACACACCUAUUUUUAAUGAAAACAUUUCUUUAGCGGAAAAGUGUAUCAAGGAACAGCUGCUGGAGCAGAUUCCUGGAUUUAACACAGUGGCUUUCACAACAAUGUUACAGCACCGGAAGGACGAAGUGGCUGGUGACAUAUUCGACAUUCUGCUCACAUUUAUAGAUUUUUUGGCUUUUAAAGAAAUGUUUCUGGACUACAGAGCAGAAAAAGGCAGCCAAGGACUGGACUUAAGCAGUGGUUUAGUGGUGACUUCAUUGUGCAAAUCAACUUCUAUGCCAACUUCCUAG